AUGGACAGGAAAUCCAGAGUAGCUAUUUUCCUUCAAGACGCCUGUUAUAAGCAUCAGUUCAUCCGUUCAAACGAUGUAUCAAGAAUUGUUGAACGGCCUGAACGGUUGCGUGCCUUAAAGCUCGGAUUCGCAGCAGCAAUCGCACGCAUAGAAGAGGUCGCAACAGGGACUAAUAAAGGUCCCAUAAAUGAACACAAGGACGCUGUCGUGCGUAGCACCGAAGAUGAACUAGUCGCCGCUUUGGAGAAGCUGGACAUGCAGCAUGACGUGAACGUCGUUGAUAUUAUUUCCAGCUCCAGCUCCGUAGACAUCCUUAACAAUAAAGCCGUGAAGUUUGUACAUGGCGAUAUCGAAGGCGACGUUUACUUGGAGAAUUUAAUUAAAUGGGCUAAGGAGAGUACAGAUAAAGUUCAGCUCGGUGAAUCAGAGAUUCCUUCACACUUGUCCCAAGGCGAUCUGUAUCGUGCGUAUCUUACUUCACUUACUUGUAACUUCCCUUACUAUCUUCUUCAAUUAGUCUGCCCUGGGUCCCUUGAUGCGAUCCAAGGUGCGCUAGGUACCGUUUGCGAAGCUGUAGAUGCGAUAUUGGGUAUGCCGCAACACGAUGGUGAAUCAUUGAAGGCUGCUCCAACGAAUGCAUUUGUUGCUAUACGUCCACCUGGGCACCACUGCGGGGAAGACUCGCCCUCUGGGUUUUGUUUCAUGAACAAUGUGGUUGUUGCAGCCGCACAUGCACAUCUAACUCAUGGCGUCAAGAAAGUCAUCAUUUUUGAUAUUGAUUUACAUCAUGGAAACGGUACCCAAGAGCUCGCGUGGCAAAUUAAUGAGGAAACAUACCGUCAAACAUUGGAAACUGAAUCAGCCGCUUCUGAGACGUCAUCAGGCCUUCAGAUCUUCUACGGUUCUCUUCACGAUGUAUUAUCCUUCCCAUGCGAGGAUGGGAAUAAGUCUAUUAUUCAGGCUGCCUCUGUUUCAAUUCAUGGAUUGCAUGGACAACACAUUGAAAAUAUUCAUCUGCAAGAGUAUCAAUCAGAGGAAGACUUUUGGAAGAACCUCUACCCACAGCAAUAUUCGAAGCUUAUAAAGAAGGCAGAAGACUUUGUCAAAGACACGAACAAAGAAGAUGUCCUCGUCUUUAUAAGCUGUGGUUUCGAUGCAUGCGAGCAUGAAUAUCCUUCUAUGUCACGACAUAAUCGAAGGGUACCGACGUCCUUCUACUUCCGCUUCGCGGUAGAUGCGAACAACUUCGCAAACAGAUUCGCCAACGGGAAACUCAUAAGCGUCUUGGAAGGAGGCUACAGCGACCGCGCUCUGAUAAGUGGCGGAAUGGCCCAUAUCUCAGGCUUAGUUGAUGCAGUAUCUCUUGGCGCAGAGAUCAAUGAAGAGUGGUGGAGCGUGCCGAACUUGACUUUGCUUGAAAAAGUGUUGAAAAAGCGACGCGGAAAGGCCUCUGUCGGAGGCGAUGGAGAGAAGUGGCUUGAGCGGACCAAUGCCAUCUUUGAUUCUAUAGAGACGGUGAUGACUCCUUCCCCAUCGAAGGCCCAGACGCAUGUUCCGCCAUCGUCCAGGACUUUACGAGAGCGCAAGCCUGCAAGCUCAAAUGCCAGUCCUAUAGGCUCACCACAGGCGCAGCGUCGGACGAAAGCGAAAGUAACACUUGCUGGGAAAGUUCCGGGUGGCGCUAUGACGCCACGAAGUGAAUCUGUCGAUGAUGUGACGAAGAGACUAGAAGGCUUAGAACUUGAGAAGACUAACGUGCCGGUGGAAGGUACCAUGUCGGACACUGUGAAGAAAGUACCGCGUGUCAUUCUUCGCGUGAAGGACCCUAACGAAUCUUAACUUUCAUGAUGUGAUGAUUUUCCUCUGUAUACCCUUUGUAUACCCAUCUCUGUUUGCUUAUUGAUAUCUUCAGUGCUUACGCGCUUUUCUUGCCCUCCUGAUAUAACGCCCUUCUAUAUCGUAUACGAUAAUUUGUCUCUGAGUGUUUUCAUGAUUUUCUCUCGUGCUAGCUCUUUGCAUGGUAUGGCUAUGAUAGAACUGAGAAAUGUUGUAGGUAUAUUAGACGUAGCAGUAUAAUAUUUACAUCGU